GUCCUCUGCUCCCUGGUUGCUCUAAAGAAACGGGAAUAUGAAGUUUUUGGACCUUUUUGGGCGCUUAAAAUCCGUGGUUAUUGGAAUGAUUCAUGUCAAAGCCUUACCAGGCACCCCCCUGGGCUCUAUGAAAAUGUCCCAAAUCACUGAAGAAGCAUGCAGGGAGGCAUCAGUCUACCGUGAUGCAGGGAUUGAUGGUGUGAUCAUUGAGAACAUGCAUGACAUCCCUUACUCGUUCUCUGUGGGCCCUGAGGUGUGCGCCUGUAUGACUGCGGUAUGCACUGCUGUGAGAGACAUCUGCCCACUCCUGCCGAUCGGAGUGCAAAUACUGUCUUCUGCUAACCAGCAGGCGCUGGCCGUAGCCCUGGCUUCAGGUCUGGAUUUCAUCAGGGCUGAGGGUUUUGUCUUUUCUCACGUGGCUGACGAGGGCCUCCUGAAUGCCUGUGCCGGAGACUUACUGAGGUAUCGCAAACAGAUUGGAGCUGAGCAUGUGCAGAUCUUCACUGACAUCAAAAAGAAGCACAGCUCCCAUGCCCUGACAUCAGAUGUGAGCAUUGAAGAGACAGCUCGUGCUGCGGAGUUCUUCCUCUCAGAUGGACUCAUCAUCACAGGAGCAGCCACAGGUGCAGAGGCUGACCUGAGGGAGCUCAGAGAGGUUUCCCAGGCUGUGAGAAUCCCAGUGUUGAUUGGUUCUGGAGUGACCUAUGACAAUGUGGGACGCUACCUUGAUGCAAAUGGAAUGAUCAUCGGUUCUCAUUUCAAGGAGGGGGGCCACUGGGCCAACGCGGUCGACCCGGAGAAAGUGAAGAGGUUCAUGGGAAAGAUACGCGACCUUCGAAAAUGAAAAGGGUCUUUUUCCAGGUUUUGAAUGAUUUUCUGCAUGGUCUCAAUAAAGGUCUUAAAAAGUCAGAUUUAAUUUGGAGAACACUGCAGAGACACACCUCUGUACCCUUACUGU